GUGAUUUGCCCUUUUUUUUUUACUUACUCAAUCUCUCUGAUCUCCAUUGGAAAUUCUAAAAUGAACGGAAACGGCGGUCUUAGAUCGUUCUCCAAAAUUAUGUCGCCACAGUCCAAGGCCAUUGUGUACGAACGGCAUGGCUCUCCCGAUUCAGUCACCAGAGUAGUGAUGCUCCCUCCUGUGGAAGUGAGAGAAAACGAUGUAUGUGUUAAAAUGAUCGCCGCGCCAAUAAAUCCAGCUGAUAUCAAUCAAAUUGAAGGUGUUUACCCUGUGAGGCCACCAUUACCAGCUGUUGGUGGUCAAGAAGGUGUUGGGGAAGUGUAUGCAGUGGGGUCAAGGGUCAAGUCUCUUUCUCCUGGUGAUUUUGUUAUUCCAUCUCCAAUACUCUCUUCAGAGAAGCUAGGGACUUGGCAGACGUAUGUUGUGAAGGAGGAAGGUGUGUGGCAAAAAAUUGACAAAAUGUGUCCAAUAGAGUAUGCAGCUACCAUUGCUGUUAAUCCACUGACAGCUUUAAGGAUGCUUGAGGACUUCGUCCUCUUAAAUUCUGGAGAUUCAGUGGUACAGAAUGGCGCCACGAGUACAGUCGGGCAAUGUAUCAUCCAGUUAGCAAGACUCCGAGGCAUCAGUAGCAUCAACAUUAUUCGUGACAGGGCUGGAUCAGAUGAAGCCAAAGAGAAGCUAAAAGCCCUGGGUGCGAAUAAAGUGUUUUUGGAGAGUCAGCUGAAUGUAAAGAACGUUAAAAGUCUUUUGGGGAAUUUGCCUGAGCCUUCUCUGGGAUUCAACUGCAUCGGUGGCAAUGCUGCCUCUCUCGUGCUCAAAAAUCUGAGGGAAGGAGGGACCAUGGUUACAUAUGGUGCUAUGUCUAAGAAGCCAAUCAAUGUGUCAACCACAUCUUUCGUCUUCAAGGAUCUUUCAUUGAGAGGAUUUUGGCUGCAAAGGUGGACGAGUUUGGAUAAAGCAAAAGAAUGCACAAAGAUGAUAGACUAUCUCAUUGGGCUUGUACGAGACGGCACGCUAAAAUACGAGACGGAACUGAUUCCAUUCGAAGAUUUCAGUGCUGCUCUUGAUAAAGCUCUUGGGAAGCGGGGUAGUCAUCCUAAACAAGUCCUCAGAUUCUGAUCUCUCUGCUUGUUAAUAAAAGGACGAUAUGCACUUAAGGUAGCUUUAUAAUAAAUAAUAAUCCGAUCGUCUCGAUCUUGUCCAAUGUAUCAAAACAAUAAGAGUGUAAACCAAAUAAAACCUUAGAGAC